AUGACGCUGAGUGAGAAGAUCUUUGCGCUUCACGAUCUUGGUCGCAAGGGAUCCGUGGCGCCUGGGGAGUUGAUCCGGGUGGACGUCGACUGGGUUAUUGCUUCCGAGGCAUCAUGGCAGGGCAUGGAACAAACGUAUGAGCGUCUCGGGAAACCUGGAAUCUAUCGGAAUGACCGGUUCUGGCUGGCGGGAGAUCAUGUUGUGGACCCUCGCGUGAAUGAGGUCCCCAAAGUUAAGGCAUUGAUUGACGCUAGUGAGAGGGCCAAGCGUGUCUUCAAAAUGACCGACUAUCAGGGCAUGAACUAUACUAUUCUUCAUACCGAGUUCUACCGCGAGCGAGCCCAGCCGGGUAUGGUGGUCGUGGGUUCCGAUUCCCACACCUGCUCGUCCGGAGCAUUAGGCUGCCUGGCCAUUGGGUUGGGCGCAGCCGAUGUGACCCUUCCAUUGGUCACCGGAGAGACCUGGUUCAAAGUGCCCGAAUCGGUCAACAUUCGUCUCGUCGGUGCUCCCAAGCCCGGAAUUGGAGGCAAGGACACGAUCUUGUACAUCCUGCAACAACUGAAGCGAAACACCGUGGCCGCAGACCGGAUUGUCGAGUUCACCGGCCCAGGUGUGAAACAUCUUUCAUGCGAUGCUCGGUUUGCCAUUAGCAACAUGACUACAGAAUUCGGCGGAAUUACCGGUGUCUUUGUGCCCGAUCAAAUUACAGAAGAAUUCAUCCAGAAGCGACGUCUGCCCCGACACAAAACCGCCAGCGUCUACUUCAAACCCGAUGAUGACGCCGAGUACGCCGAAACCCAUGAAAUAGACCUUGGCGAGGUGCGAUCUUUCCUGGCCAAAUACCCCAACCCUGACGACGUCGUUCCGGUCACUGAGCAGGAAGGCAUGCACCUGGAUGGAUGCUUUAUUGGUGCCUGCACCACUGCCGAGGAGGAUCUGAUUCUCGGUGCUCUCGUGCUGGAACAAGGGCUCCAGAAUGGCUUGAAGCCAGUUUCUCACGGAAAGAGGAAGGUUGUUCCGGGCUCAGUGCCCAUCCUUCAUAGACUCCGUGAGCUUGGGCUUGCGCAGAUCUACGAGGAUGCUGGAUUUGAGAUCGGCAUUCCAGGAUGCAGCUACUGUGUCGGAAUGUCGGCUGAUCAGGCUGGACCUGGAGAAGUCUGGAUAUCUUCCCAGAACCGCAACUUUGAGAACCGUAUGGGCAAAGGCUCCAUCGGAAAUCUUGCAUCAGCUGCCACAGUUGCGGCAUCGUCUUUCGAGAUGAAGCUGAAAGAUCCACAUGAAUACCUCGCAGCCAUCGAUCUCGAAAGAUGGCAUACCCUCCGCGGUGUUUCUGUGUCUGCAACAGACUCCACACAAGAACACAUCUCUUAUAUGGAACCUAGUGGCUCCGCGACUGCGGAGGCAAAGACUGUUGACUCACCAGACGUCAAGGUAACAGAGGCAAAUACUCCAGAGACAGCAGAUAGCUCUUCGUCCGACCUCAUGACAGGCAAAGUGCAGCGACUGGGCGAUUUUAUUGAUACCGAUGCUUUGGCCCCUGCCCAGUUUCUCAUCGGCAUGUCAAACAAUCAGAUCGCAGGCGAGCACUGCCUCGAGCACACCCACCCCGAGUUUCGGCAGCGCGUGAAAGACGGCUUCAAUAUCGUCGUGGCAGGCAAGGCAUUCGGAUGUGGAUCGUCCCGCGAACAAGCGGUCAUGGCGCUGUUAGGCUGCGGCGUCCAAUGUGUGAUUGCCAAGUCAUACUCAUUUAUCUUCCAGCGCAACAUGCCCAGUCUUGGUCUUUUGGGCAUCACACUGACCGACGAGGAGUUUUACGACGCGGCUCAAGACGGCAACGAGAUUUCCAUAGACUUCAAGACCAAGGUGAUCAACGUGGAUGGGAAGCAAUACGCUUUCCAGUUGAGUCAGAUGGAGCGGGAACUCUUUCAGCAUGGCGGUAUUGCGUCGGCCUUCCAGAAAUUUGGAAACCGGCUGUUCGAGCAGAUGACCAGACCGAAGAAUCUGGGGGGUGCCAAGUCCCUUGCGCUGCGUGGAAGUGGGGAGAGUGCUGGUCCGCAUGCAGGUUUGCAGUGGUAG